AUGAGCGUGACGGGGCCGGUGCCGUCCUCCCGCGAUUCGCAUGGUAACGUCGACGAGCAGAUUGCGCAGCUCAUGCAGUGCAAGCCGCUUUCCGAGCAAGAGGUUCUUUCGCUCUCUUAUUCGUGUUUUAUUUUCUCAGCAAUGAAGAUAAUGCUUUUAUGCUCGAGUGGGCAUACCUAUAUCUUGAAUUUUCACGUCGAAGGGAAGGCCUACCCCUCAGAUCGGACCGUUUCGUGAGCGGAUCAGUGCCUAUUAUAGGGUUGUGUUGCUUGCAGAGGAGGUUUCCGUCGAUAUUUUCUUACCGCUGUUCUGGUUAUCUGUCAGUUAAUAACGUUUCUGGACGCCGAAGUUAGGGUUUGGUACGGAAAUUGUGCGGACAAUCUUUUUUGACCUUUUAUCUUCCGACUUCAUGCCUGGAUGUGCCGGAUUAAUUUUGGCGUCCUACUCGUGUUAUUUGGGCUCUAAAAUCUUGCGGGAUUAGGUACCUAUCUCCUAGCAGUUAUCUUGUAGAUUUUUGGAUUCAUAUGCUUUCCUAGUUUAGGAUGGCUGGCAUGUUGAUACAGUGAUGGACAUGUUGACCAGAGGAGAAAGAACAGAGAUGCUUUCAAAUAAAUUGGGUCGACGUUAUUUCUACUUUGUGGAUCGAUGAUAAUAAAGUCUGAUGGAGAAAGAUGCUGAGGGAUUGUCUUUAAGCAAUUCAGAGACGGUUCACAUUCCCCAUUUUCUAUUUGUAGAGUUCCCUUUUGCUUAGCAUUCCCCAUUGAAGGUUCCUUCAUCCUUUUUCGAACAUAGUUUGUGAUGCCUUUAUGGUCGAUUUUUUUUAAAGUUAUCAUUUCGAAGUAUGUGUUCAUGUUUCCAGUUUACUUUCCCAUUAUUUUCAUGGAUAUUUUUUUUUUGGAAAAAGCCAAAACCAACAUCUGUUUAGAACUGGAAAAUUCCCCAUCGAUCAUGUGGCUAUGAAAAGGAAAACCGAAAUGUCUGUUCUUAUGAAAGGAUACUCCAAAUGUCUAUUUUUAUCAUGUUUUAAAGGCACCACGAGUUUUUGACGGUGGGUAGCUUUCCAGGACGCAACCACAUUUCCUAUCAAUUUCCUGGCCAUGUUAUUAGUUCAUUUUUACUAUGGCAUGGAAGCCCUAUAGAGCCUUCACUUCUCGUAGGAGAUUCCAUUUCAAUUCAAUUUUCGAUUAAUAUUGUGAACUGUUUAGUGAUGUGAAUUGCCAGCGAAAAUGAUAGAAGAAAUUUUCCAUACAUUGGUUCAAAGGAGUAUUGGUGCUGUACAUGAGGAUAGCUAGUCAAUUAGAUGCUGCAUGAAUUUUCAAACUAGAAUCUUUGUUCUGUGUGAGAAUGUAUAUUCCCAGGGUUGUGACUUGGUUCGUAGAAGCUCCACUUUAGAUAAUAUGAACGAACAGCAUAACUACCUUCCCUUCCAUGUUUUCAAUGCACUCCACCAUAAUAUCGGAUGAUAUAUUUUUUGCGAAUUUUUUCCCUGAACCUUGUAUAAUUACAUCCAAUCACUACCAUACCAGGUGAAAUACUUCAGUCAUAGCUGCAGAAAUGUCCUCUUGUCGUGUAUUCAAAGUAGCUCUUUUGUGGGUGUAGAUGUAGACUGAAUGACAUCUUGCCUUUAACAGGGUAAGUGGGAAAUAUUUUCCGUUCUCACAUCUCUAGUGUCUAUGCUGUUUCACGACUACACAAAUACUUGUUUAAUGUUCCAACCUUUUUAUAUCUGACAUUCUUGUUCUUCUUUUUACUUUUGUUUAAUCGUCUAUAGGCAUGACUCCCCCGUUCCUCACCCUACAACUUUCAUAACCACUUAAUUAUGUCAGUUUGAAGUCCUUGAUUCCAUACUUUUUUCUCUAUUGGUAUCUGGAGUUUUAUGCUCGAACAAUUUAAUCAUAGAGAAGCAAUGCUUUCAGCCAUUUUCUUUGUGAUUUCUGGAUAGAAGGGAGAAAAUUCCCUCAUCUUAAUUUUUAGAAGCAUUCCCCUGUUGAUGUCACUUCCACUAGAUUGGCUCUUAUUUUGUUUUCACCUUUUCUCUUUCCUUAUUGUUGUUGGGAAUUCAAUCAUCAAUCUAAUCAUAGAAAACUCCUUCAUGUUCCUCUUUUCAAAUAGCCGAAAGAGUUGUAUGAAGGACAAACUAUCAAAUUUUGCUGUGUCAUUCAUCAGUGGACUUCUAUGUUAAUUACAAGUCGUCUUUUUUGUAUUUUUUAUCAAUGAGCUGAUUGACUUGUGUUAUCACAUCACGUAUUCUUUUCUUUCCUUCAUUAUCAGGAGUAAUCUUGUUCAUCCUCCUAAGGGGAGCUUGCUUUUCUUUGAUGUUACCCCGGCAUAGCCUCCAUAGCGUCUUGUUUAAUCAUAUCCCAUUUGCACAAUGUUUAAUCACAUCCUAAGGGGAGCUUGCUUUUCUUGUUUAAUCAUUCUUUUGAAGCUUUUACAUCGUCUCUCAGAGAGCUCCUUUAUCUUUUCCAUCGGAAUCUUAGACAUCAUAUCUUUCUUUACUCAGGUUUAUAACUAUGCUUCUCAAUAGAAUAUCUGGACAAAAAACAUGCGACAUGCUGUAUGCUUCUUAACGUUCUCUUCCAUUGUAAUCAUCUUGCCCCCCUUUCUUCAAAUUAUUUAUGUAAUACCCCAUAUCUCUGCCCCUUUGUCUACCCAUACUUCCCUCGUUCUCUCUUACAAUUAGUAUUUUUCUUUGAUCACAAUUUCCCCCAUUCUGCGUUCCAUAGAAUGUUGUAUCCUUUAUCUUCUUUGGUGACAGGUGUGGCCAGAAGACAGGAGAGAUUGUCUUAGGCUCCAAUAAGCACACAGGGAAGCUGAGAUCACAUAAGAUUGUUCUGACAAUUUAACCUGAUAGUCAUGCCAUUGGGUACAUAGGAUUUUGAUUAAACAUCAUGACAGUUGGGAGGAGACACAAAAUUACACCUGUCACUUGAAUGACACCGUUGGAAGUUAGGCAGGAAUACCACAAUUCGGACAACACUUAGAGAGUUUGGUCAGGCAGGUAGCCAGAUAAACUUUAAGUCCGGAUAAGUAGGUCCAUCUUUAUGAAGCUAUCAUGGUAUCUAGUUAGGUAUGAAUCAGUUGAAAAAGGCGAGGUAAUCACUCAAGGGACGAAACUAGUGGAUAUUCUUUCCUGACUUUACCGGACGUGACACAUACAGGACAGAGGAUAUAUAACCUUCAAGACAGACAUGGCUCUCUUCGAAGUCUUCUGUGGUAUGCUUUCCUGGCAUUACCUCUUGGAAGUAGCGGAAAUGACACCUACAGGAUAGAGGAUAUAUAAACUUUGAGGAAAACGUGGCUCUCUUUCAAGUCUUAUGGCAAGAUCUAUGAUGGCUGAUAAGAUCCAUAUUUACAUUGAGAGACCAUGCAGGGUGUGGACGAUGUAUGCACAUUAGUCUACUGGAAAUUUUUAGUGUACAUUUGCAAGCUGAUUGUAGAUGGAUGCCAGUGCAGACGAUAGGUGAGGGAGGGAUGCUUCUGUACAUGAAUAUUGUGAUGACUAUUUGAUCACCCACCUAUUCAAAGAGACCAAGAUGCUGGGAAGGUACGGAGGACUCAACAAAAGUUAGAGAAAAUUUGUUAGGGUUCAGCUUUUUCGUUCAUUUCCAAUAUUGAUUGUGAAACACCAUGAGCCCUAUGAUGUUGAGGCCCGGAAUUUGAAAGUGACAUUUUGAUUUGCCCGCUUGGUUGAUGCCAAGUUAUGCGAGCUAUAAUAUAUGCUAUCCAUUUCAUCCUUUCAGCUUUAUUAUCGUGCUAGUCAAAUGAAGAAAGGCAUACUUGUCCCGUAUUCCAUGUUUGAGUGUCGUUGUAACAUCUUGUAUGGCGGCCAAAUAUUUGUCAUGCUGUUGGUGUUGCUAAAUUACUGGGUUCUUUGGAAACUGAGAGGCACAUCCAAGUUCAUUUGGAUUUUGGAAAUUCAAGUGAUUGUUUGACAGGUUUUGUUGAUUUAAAUUUUGUACAUUUGGUGAGGAAGUCUUUGGCUGGUUGUAGUUUCUUCAUUAGUGAAUGUAUUAGUUGGAGAGUACAUUACAUUACAGCUGAGAUACAUAUUGUCUCUGUAAGACAGGUGCAUGGCCUCAAUUGAGACAAUGAAAGAAGUUUAGUUGAAAGGCUUGUUAAGUGACCUUGACUCAUAUCAGGAGAUGACUGUUAUCCACUGUGAUAUCUGGAGUAAAGUUCAUCAGGAAGAAAGGACCGAAUGCUUCAUGUAAGGACGAAGCACAUUGACAUCAGCUACCAUUUCAUUUGGGAAGUUCUUGUAUGGUGAAACUGUAGUCACAGUUGACAAUCAUCUUGAUGUGCCGACCAAGUCUGUUCCAUCUGACAAGUUCAGAAAAGGCUGGAACUUGAUUGGUGUCUGCAACACAGUAUGGCAUUACCGGUGGUGAGGGUACUGAUUCCAGCUAUUUAUUGUGUGAGCUUCAUGGAAUCCAAGUUGAGUUAGAGCUUUCUUGAAUGCGACUUGAAUUCUUUUGUGGAGUCAAAGCCAAGAUGCAAACUGAUGCAUAUUUUUAAUAGAUCCACCAUGGGAGUUUUAUUUCUGGAACCUGUGUUGGGUGGAGGGCUUUUGGGACCCUAAUUUGAUGAUUGUUGUAAAUUAUGGCUACCAUUAUCGUGGAAGAUGUUAUCUCCUGCCGUACCAUUAUUGAAGUUCUUUUGUAGAGCUACUGGGAACCCUUUUAGAAUGGAUUGUAUAUAUUCAGGAGAGGGAGAGAGAGAGAGAGAGAGAGAGAGAGAUAGAGAGAGAGAGAGAGAGAGAGAGAGUCUCUUCUUCCCAUCUUAAUUUUUUUCGGUUGGAUAGUGUUAUUUCGUCGUCUUUUAUCAUCAAUGGAAGAAAUGCCAUCCCCAACCAGUCUUUCCUAAAUGGUCAUGAUUCCUAGCAUAAGUUACCUUUAUUGAAGGUGGUAGCUUGUGCCUGGUAAGUCUUUCCUAGACGAGCACACAUGCCAAGAGUGACUUGUAGAACAAGUCUUGUUUAUCCGAUCUCAUAUUUCUCAUUUUUCAUAGAUAAAGACCAUGAUUCCUAGCAUGUACUUUACCUUUAUUCAAGGUGGUAGCUUGUGCCUGGUAAGUCUUUCCCAGACGAGCACACAUGCCAAGAGUGACUUGUAGAACAAGUCUUGUUUAUCCGAUCUCAUAUUUCUCAUGUUUCAUAGAUAAAGACCGUGAUUCCUAGCAUGUACUUUACCUUUAUUCAAGGUGGUAGCUUGUGCCUGGUAAGUCUUUCCUAGACAAGCACAUAUGAUUUUUCCUGUCUCCCUUUAUGCUUCAUCCGGCCAUCUUGUAUUUGUCGAUGCAAAUUUUUUCCUGACUCAACAAGCCUGUAACAGAAGCCUGCCAUCUUUGGAACCUUCCACUACCUUGGCAUUCAUGGUGGUUCCUAUCUCCAUCUCUUCUCUGUCGUCAGCCUUAUCUUACAGCAAUGUAUUCAAUCCUCCCUGAGGGAACAUGAGGUUCCCCAAAAUGAAAAGGACGAAAAGGACCUGCUUUGUGGCUCUCUUCCCACCCUUCAACGAAAGGUCCCUACUUCGAGGAAACCACCAUCCUAGUUAUCAGGCCGUGCAAUCUAUAAGGACUGUUGAUAUCUUGUAAUGCUAUUAGAUAGUGAGUUGUAGUCUGAAAUGAAUAUCUGAGAACGCUGCAUAAGCAUCUUCAGUACUGGGGGAUAGCCAUAAUGUCCCACCAGACAUUUCUGAUUUGGAGAUGGUUUAUGGUAAAGACUCCUUAAUUGGUUGAUCACUUCUAUGUAUCCUUUCUUAUGAUGCUGAAAAAUUGGGUAAAAACAUGGACUGUUUGUAUCCAUUCUAAAAGUUUCUUAUUAGCUUUUAAAGUAUAUUGGUUAACUAAUCAUUUUUGCCAUCUUUAUUAUUUUUGGUAGGAUCUCUCACAUUCUCCAAUGCUGUUUACUUGUUAUCUCUCUUUGAUUGCCUCUUUGUUUGACGAUUUGAAUUAUGGAGUAGUUUCAUCUAAAUCAUUACUUAUGCGCAGGUCAGAGUUUUAUGUGAUAAGGCUAAGGAAGUACUGAUAGAAGAAAGCAACGUGCAGGUUUGGAUAAUAUCUUUUCCUUUCUUUAUUGAAGACCAAACAUGUCUAAGAAAUGUUGUUUCAGAUAGUUAGGGUUGUCUAAAUAAUGAGUUACCAGGUGUUAUACCUUUAUAUCUUCAUUCCUGACAUUGAUGACUGCCUAAGGAUAAUGCCCUGACAUUAGUAGCGAAGCUGAAUUGCAUCAACUCUUCACACAGUUGCUCCAGGGUUUUAACUGUAGUGAUGGUUGAUUACCUUAUGCCUAUGUGACUUCCCAAGGUAUCGAGGUGAUGCCUACUUUUAGACAUAUUUCAAGUACAAAAAUUAUUUUCAAAUCUUAAAAAACUAUAAAAGAAAUGUGCAAGUGGACGACUUAAUGUAUAAAAGUUGACGCAUAGUUUUGACAAUUGACAGAAAUUUAGACUAUGAUGUAAGGGAAACUGCAAAAUGUUCAGCUAAAACUCACAAAAUUCCCCAAAAGGUGAGGCUAUGUGUAAAUAGAGAGAUGCAAAUCAAUUUGCACCAGUAUGGAUGUAUGUACCCUGUCAUGCUGAGCCAGGCAUUCGACCUCCCUAGAUGCUGACAUCGACACCACCUUGAAAAUGUUAAUCGCUUCAUGGAGUCCUAACAUCACUGCAUCUUGGGAAUGGUUACAAGGAUACUACCUUAUUGCACUCCAAUUACAAGUAGUGCAAAGCAAGUCGUCCAAGUGAGGAGCCCUAUUCAACUUUAUCACAUUAUCAUGCCCGAUUAGAGUUUGAUUUGUUUUAUUUUUCUCAUAUGAAGAGUGGUGGUUGCCAAAAGCUCCGCUUUUUGAAGCCAAAGGGAAGAUUUGGUUCUUGCCAGCUGAACCAGAUGAAUGAAAUGAAAGAUUGUGUUAAUCGUCAGAUACCAUUUCAUUAGUAUGACUCAACAAAUUAUUUUUUAUAUCAUAUGGAACCGAUAAUCCCCACAAAUUAGACUUGUAGCUGUGCAGAUGAGAUCAGACUUUGCAGGACAUCUCUUGUCCUUUCAAUCGGCAGCUCUAUAGUUAGUGGAGAAAUAUGAAUGAUCUACCUAAUAAGAAACAUAAUACAUACUGGAACACGGUGGAACGUAAUGUUCACACAGAGUUUAUUGCUUUAGUGGUCAUUCUUACGUUAGAUUUGGGGAUGCUAUGCUGUAGUAUUGGAAUCAAUUGGAGAUUCAUAGGGAACAAAAAAUAUGGUGCGUUAUUCUUAACCAAACCCUUUUGUCGUAUGGAAUCAGACGUUCAUAUGUGUAUCUGAAACGUGAACUUUUCAGGAGAAAAUGUAUUUACAUUUGACUGGGUGAAACAAUUGGUUUGGUAUUUUUUUAAAAGGUGUAAGGAUAUGCUUCCUUCCCUCUCAUUUGAUAAUUAAUGAUUGCGGUCCUAUUCACUCUUUUAUAACGACCUUUUCUUUCUUUUGGGGUUAUGUUACAGCCUGUCAAGAGCCCUGUGACAAUAUGUGGUGACAUUCAUGGACAAUUUCAUGACCUCACUGAGCUAUUCAAAAUUGGUGGCAAGGUGAUUUCCUUUCUGUUUAUCAUCUUUAUUUUCCUGCUUCUCGUGUGCAGCACUGUUGUUCUUGAUGAAUAUGAAUGUUUGAAAACUUCUUUUUUUUUUCUUUCAUUUAAUGAGUGCUGUCUACUACUGUUUUUAGCAAGAGACUAGUAUGGCGCUUGGUGAUUUUAACAGAACUCUCCUUGUAUCCUGUCAACCUGAUGGGACUCCAGUUUUCUUCAGCCCCUGCGUGACUAAUAGCUUUCUCUCUCCAAUGUGCCUGGUCUUUUCUACUUUGUCGAGUGCCUUUUCUUCCUUUUCAUUUGGUCUGUAAAUACUUGCUUUGACAUUUCGCCUCUUUGAAUCUUAUGUGUAUCUUGGUUAUGCUUUUUGCCAGUGUCCUGAUACCAAUUACUUAUUCAUGGGGGACUAUGUGGACCGUGGAUACUAUUCUGUUGAAACAGUGACGGUAAGUUUUGAUCAAAUGUUUUUGGGUAUCUUGUUCAUCUGUCUCCUGAAUUAUAUCAUUUACGUAUGGGCAACAUUUUGCUGAUUGCUAAAACUUGAAAGCAUUUCGAAAGGGGAACAAUGUUUCUUGUCCGUUUUAUCUCAUGCAAUAAAAAGUGUCCCACCAGAAAUGUUAGCACUGGCGCAAAGACUCUCCUUUUUGUCUCUUGCUUGGAAGAGGAUAUGAGAUGCAGAAGGAAUAUGGGUUGUAUAACAUUUGAUAGAGCGAGCUAGUCAUUUGGGUUUGCGAGUACUGAGAUCUGCUCAUUGGAUAGAGUUGAUCAUCCAAGGAAGUGCGUUAUCAUAUCGAAUUUAUGUAUGGUCGACUGAUUCUCAUCACAGCCUAAUUUGGUUCCACUCUGGCAGACCCACCCUUGAGUCACUCUACCUUCAUUUUCCAGAUUAGGUGCGCUAAGUUUGUAUUUUCAUAAUAACAGGGAGAUUAGGUGCGCUAGAUUAGGUGGCAGAUUAGGUAGUUUUUUUUUCUCAUAAUAACAGGGAGGUGCCUAAAUUUGUUUUGAGAAUUUUUUUCCCUACUGAUCAAGUUCUUUUCUUGGCUUUUGGUUGAAGUUGCUUCUGUAUUGAUUAUUCUCUCUUGUUCUGUCUCAUAGCUUCUGGUUGCCCUUAAGGUGCGCUAUCCUCAGCGCAUUACAAUCCUUCGGGGAAAUCAUGAAAGUCGUCAGGUAACACCGUACCAGGAUUCAGUGUUGAUAUGAUAAAUAAGCAAGACGUAGGGCUCGUUUGUAAUUGUAUUAGCUUCGUUCUUCUGACGACAUUUCUAUGAAUUGUAUUUAAAACCUGGAUCUGUUAGUACAACAGCUGUACUCCAGCUAUUUGUAAGUUCUGAAAAUUACUCUAUUGGCUUGCAGAUCACGCAGGUGUAUGGAUUUUAUGAUGAAUGCUUAAGAAAGUAAGCAUUAUUAUUGAUUUUUAUGUUUUUAGAAUCUAGUGGGUUCAACUUUCAUGCAUUUUCUCAGCUUCCAUGGCAAGAUUGAAGACAUUCUUUUCACGUAAAUAAAUAGAUACCUGUCAAUUUUUAGCUUUUAUUUUUCUAGAUUGAAAUACUGAAUUGAUGGUAUUGAAUUGGAGAGAAUAGCAGCUAACUUUCGUACCUUGUAUAGGUUGAUGGCACGAUUUGAGAGAUUAAAUAUCUCAAACGGAAAAGAUUUGAGCUGCUCAUCUCUGAAACGCUCAUUUAGGUUUUGAAAUUUGUAUAGACAUUCCGUAAUUUGUUCUCAUCAUCUGAGAUAGGCAUUGCUAACCAUAAGCUGGUUUUUAUUUAUGCGAACUUAGAUAAAUUCUUGCAUGUUUAUAGAACUGUCUCAAUGAAGUAGUUUCCUUGAAAACAGUUUCUUGGGCAAUGUGCAGAUUGAUUCUUUCGGUUGAGGAUUGAUUUCUGUUGCAAGAUGUUGUAAAUGGGCUAGAGUUUAGGAAACCUAGUGCUGAAAGCCUAAUACCUGUCUUGUUCCUCAAUGAACCUAGCCAAUUCAUGCUCUUUCUUCCCCUUGCAAUCAUUAAAAAUGGGGCCAGUUCUCUUGAUUACAAACCUAGGCGGCUGACAGACACGAUUAACCGUCUUCUUUUCAUUCCUCCUUGGUAAGAUGGCUGUUAACUUAUCUGCGCAAGUUGAUUAAGUACUUUUGUGUGGAAGAUUCGGCUUGGUCAUCAUGCUAUCUUAUUUUAUUAGAACCUUUUUUUACUGCAAUUACAAUUUUGGCAUCAUGGAUGAUUUUUCAUUCAUUUUGGUAUCUGAAGGCUGCUUUUGUCUGAGUGAGGUGGUUGAAACUGUUGAGAAUUGAUCUUGAUUGAGAUUCUUGCAACUUAGAGAAUGGAAGGAUUCGAUCUUCACGAUCCUCCUCUUCCAGGAAGAUGAAUCAAUCACCACUUCUUGGAGCAGAAUUUCCCAAUCCCAAAAUCUUACAUCAAUUAUCUCGGUUUCCCGCUCAAGUACAGGUUACAUGAGUUAAUGGGCCAGGCCCAUUACAUGUCUUUAAGCGGAUCCGUUAACAGUCUAAUGGAUCCAUUUAACAUAGGGAAUGACAGGAAUGGACGAAAAUACAAUGAAAAGAAACAGAUUGAAAGGAAAAACAAUCCUAGAGAGUUCAACAGAAACAUAUCUUGGCUUAAUAAAAAGUCAACAAAUUCUUUACUAAACCUAGAAUACAGUAUAAUUGUGAGAUUUUUGGAGUUUGUCUGUGAAAUUACAAAAGGUGAAGACCAACAACUGGACUACAGUUGCUUGGUCCUAUUUUAAACAGUAGAUGCAUUUGGGGUAUGGAAAUAGUUUGGCAAAGUGACAAUCCUUCACUUAAAAUGCUUUGGUGCUUUGGCCGAAAAGUAAAAUUUGAACUUUGGUGCUUGAUGCAUUUGUUAAGCUCAAUUCUAUUGGUUAUGCGUCUGCUGAUUUUUUUUUUGUCCUGAUUUCCAGGUAUGGUAAUGCAAGCGUGUGGAAGACUUUUACUGACCUCUUUGACUACUUUCCUCUGACAGCACUGGUCAGUUGGUGUGCUAUAUCUUAUCCCUGUCUGAUAUUUUGCUUGAUUUUUCUUGUGUUCGUUUUCACUAUAUCUUGACCAAAGUUGUGCAUAAUCAUUGUUGUCGUCAUCAUAAUCUUGGUCAGCUCAAGGUAAAUGAUCGUGUCACUGUGUGAUUUACUUUUUCUCGGCCAUUAAUUGUAGGGGGGCUUGCUUUUAUUUUGUUGAGACAACCUGAGGCUAGUUGACUGGCAGAUGGUGGCUGCCUUUUCAUAUACAUCCCCCAUGCCGUCAGGCUACGCUAUCUGAUAAGCAGGGGGGUCUACCCAGAUUGCUCGACGCAGUAAUGGAAGAUGGGAACUAGAUAAACUCUGCAGAGUGCCAUAAAUGUGGAUGAAAAGUAGAGAAAAAGGUGUAGAAAAAGUAAAAUAGGAAAAAUAUGUGAAGGAGAACACAAUAGACGAACCAAUAAAUUUGUUGGUAUGCUAAAAUCUUCUCAUAGAACCUCAACGAUUUUGUUUCUAUUUACGGAUUCUUGGACUUUGUGAAGUGCCAAGGUGAGUGUUUCUAUUUGUUUGAUGAAUUUCUUAUGGGUAUAUUUUGUAUUCAUAAUCUUACACCCGCUAAUUUAGUCUUGCUGUUAUGGAACAUAAUUUAAUGUCUUAUAACAUUCGUUUAGUAGGAAAAUCACGUAUUUAUUUGUUUUGGCUGAAAGCUCUGAUUUGUGCUGUUGAUUCACUGCUUCACUAACCGUAUUCUCUUAAAUCUUUGAAGGUGGAGUCAGAGAUAUUUUGUCUGCACGGAGGUCUGUCUCCGUCCAUUGAGACCCUUGACAAUGUGAGAAAUUUGGAUCGUGUGCAAGAAGUUCCGCAUGAGGGGCCCAUGUGUGAUCUGUUGUGGUCAGAUCCUGAUGAUCGCUGUGGUUGGGGGAUAUCCCCUCGAGGCGCUGGAUACACAUUUGGCCAAGUGAUUUCUCUUCUUUUUCUGUUUUUAUUGCUCCCUCAAUAUGAAGGCGACGGACAUCCAUAUUAUGGCCACUCUAAUCUGAUCUAUUCAUUUUUCAUGCAGGAUAUAUCGGAGCAAUUCAAUCACAACAACAGUUUGAACCUGAUUGCUAGAGCGCAUCAGUUGGUCAUGGAAGGGUACAACUGGGGACAUGUAAACCCAACCACGCCUCCCCCUUCUCUUUUGGCCGAAUUGAAUGUCUAUGAUUUUGCUAAAAUGAGUCUCUUGAACAACACAGGAACAAAAGGUAGUGACCAUCUUUAGCGCACCAAAUUAUUGUUACCGUUGUGGAAAUAUGGCCUCCAUCUUGGAAGUCGACGACUGCAAUGGUCACACAUUCAUUCAGGUUUCUCUCUCUCUCUCUCUCUCUCUCUCUCUCUCCGUUUUAGCAUCUUGGCAUGUCAGUUCUUCUGUUCUUCGGCAAAGCGAUUUGUUUUGGGUAGCCAUAAUGAGUUGGGAAUUGCUCUCCUGAUGUUUUCUCUUGCAGUUCGAGCCGGCGCCCAGAAGAGGGGAGCCGGACGUCACGCGUAGGACUCCGGAUUACUUCCUAUGA